UUUCACUAAAUUUUACAGAAACUUUAGCUGUAGAACACGUUGCGUCUAGUGUUACAUUUUCAAAUAUAACGUUCAAAUACUCGAACGUUCAAAUGCUCGCGAGGAUAAUAUUUUCUAUCUCGGCUGUCCAUCUUUUCUAUCUUGGUUGUUCACUUUCGUGCUCACAGCACUUGUAAACAUCAUUUGUCCUUGUUUAUAAACGAGGAUGAAACGAUGUUUACAGCGCGAGAACGUUCCAAGUAAACGCACCCCAGUAUCUUGUCUUCUCUGUAGCGAGUAAGAGUCGUUUGGCCACGUUGCGAUUUCAAUUCGCGGUGGAAAAAUUUAGGCACCGGCCAGUGAAUGCCUAUGGUUAAUCGCAACGUGGUCAAAUAAAUUUUCGUGAAAGUUUCUUCUACAUACAUCAGCACAGUUUGAAUUCUACAUUUACGUGCGAAUUAUAAUGAUAACUCGUUCUCAGGCGCUGCACAGCUCAAACAAUUUUCGUUACUAGCCAAUAUGUAUACUGUUGCAAAUAAUAUACAACGGAAACAAGGUAUAACGAAGAAUACCGAUAAAAAUAUAAAAAUAAAUAUGAAGGAAAAGAGGCCGAAACUCUUACUAGAAGAUGUUAACCAUAACGAAAUAAUACUAAAUGAGAAAGCUGCUAGUAUGUAUUUCAAACUAAUACCUAUGUUCACGAGCAUCAAGACUCAUUACAUCAAAAGUUUGUGCCAUACACACGUUAAAGAUGAGCCAAAUCAAAGACCGGAUGAAUUGUUGGACACUUUAAUUGAGAUGUUGCUCAACUGUGACAAACAGUAUUUAAAUGAUGUUGAGCCAAUUCGGCAAAUCGAAAAAGAACCCAAUCCGGCGUAUGAUAUAAAUGAGAAAUAUAAGGAUUUAUUGAUGAUAUUCCCUCAAGCAGAUCCUGCAUACUUAAGAAACAAGGUUGAAGAAAUGUACAAUGAUGAACAAUUUAAUACAUUUGUUCAAGCAAAAUUGGAAAACCCUGAUUUUCCAACAAAACAGCAAUAUCUGGAAAAAAAGAAGGUCACAGAACAACAAACGCAAUACACUACAGAUUUCAAAGUGGAAAAUUUUUUAAAAAUUUUUCCAGAUCCAUUUUCGCACUUCGAAAAUGAUAAGAGAAUCUGCCAAUUUAAUUUGGAUGCAGCGGACUUUCUCAAAAAUCAUUACAACACAUUGAAGGUAAAUACUUUGAUGACGGCAUAUCGUCAACAUAAUCAUAAUCUAAGUUUAACUGCAAAGGCUGUGGAAGCGCUCAGUCCUAAUUUGAAAUCUAAACGAAAAUACAAUAAAAAUUUGGAUGUACCAGAAAACAUACCAAUUCUUCAGGAGUGUGCCUUCAUCCAACACAAAACAGAGAUUAAAAAUUAUUUAGCUAAGAUAAAAGCAAUAGAAGAAGAAGAAUUUGAAAAGCUUAAGACACAAAAUGAACUGUUGGAAUGUCAGUGUUGUUAUGAUAACGAAUGUAUGCCAUCAAAGUGUUCCACGUGCGAGGACGGUCAUGUAUUUUGCAAUUCAUGUAUUAUACAGAGUGUAGAUGUGACAUUAGGAGAUGGCAAAACGCGCAUCAAUUGCUUGUUACAUUGCGACAGUGAAUUUCCUAUGUCUGUACUUCAGCGAGUGCUGCCGCCAACUAAAUUUAGUAUUUUACUUUGCAAGCAGCAAGAGGCUGAGGUAGAAGCUGCUGGAAUUGAAGGUUUAGUGUCAUGCCCAUUUUGUCAUUUUGCAUCUAUACCACCGCCUGAAGAUAAAAUUUUCAAAUGCCUCAAUCCAGAAUGCAUGAAAGAAUCUUGCCGAUUAUGCAAGAAACUUAAUCACAUACCACGGAAAUGCGAAUCGGAAAUUGAAAAAAAAUCGGAGGCCGCACGUUUGUACUUGGAAGAGAAGAUGACCGAAGCUUUGGUACGAAAAUGCUACCGUUGUAAUCGAAUAUUUUACAAGGAAGAAGGUUGUAAUAAAAUGGAAUGUAUUUGUGGGGCCAAAAUGUGUUAUAUAUGUAAUAAACCAGUAACCGACUAUAAGCAUUUUCAAGGUCAGGGAGCAGAACCUUCAAAUCUCUGUCCAUUAUGGAGUGAUAAUAAGCGUAUGAAUGCCAAGUCUGUAAUCAAAGUUUGUCGGGAAACUGUGAAUCAGAUGAAAGAAAAAGAUCCUGACAUUGAUAUAAAUAUUGAUGCCUUUUUACCAAAGUUACCGCCUAAGAGCAAAGGACCUCAUGAAAAUAUUGCUAAUCCAAGGAUGCCCAACAGGAAUGCGAGGCCAUGAUAACAUUGCGUUAUUAUUAAUAAAAUUUUAAAACAAUACGUUUUUAACAAAUUAAUUUAUAAUAUCUGAAAUAA